GCGACAGAGCAGAUAGACCUUCCUUUGCUUGCAAGCAUGAGCCUGAAGCGACGGCGCUCAUCCCCUUCUCUCUCUGAUCGCGACUCGUCAAGAACAUGCGACUGUAAACGCCAAAGACACACAAACACCUCACUUUCUUCCUUCUCCGACGAACUACUUUUGCAGAUCUUUAGCUUCCUGGACGCUCCAAGCGUUGCGCAGGUAGAUCUAGUCUCGCGUCGAUUCAAGCAAUUAUCAAGAGAUGAAGUCCUUUGGCGGGUCUUGUACGCGCGUGAUUAUGCUAGGACGUCAAGAAGACGAACAGGCAAAGCGGGCGUCAGUGCAGAUGGGUCAACGUGCGAGACAGACAAGAAAAGACCUUCACAACGAGAGUUGGGCUUUGUAAGUAAGGAAGAUCGGCUGGCAGAGAGUAAGACCUGGCGCAAGCGUUACCAGAUACGCUCAAAUUGGCUAAAGGGACGGUAUCAUGCGGUGCGGUCAGACGAUGCAGCCGGCCGUCUUGUCGGAUCAUGGCGUGUCAAGCUGGUUGAACACAACUUGAGUGUAUGUGAUCCAGUAGACGGAUUGCAAGGCUCACUCUUGCUGUCUGCCGUUCCACUCAAGGUACACGCAGCAGAGGAGAAUCACCUCAUCUUGCAGUAUGCACAGACACUGCAGCUCGUCCAGAUUGACAAAGUGAUCAAUGCUCUGCAGUUCAAGCUACUCAGUUCCGUCGAUUGCACAAUGGAAGACGAUUUCAGCUAUGCAAACGGUCACAUGGCCACCCUGUCUGCCACUGGUCUCCUAUGCACCUACUCUGUCGCUGUAGGCGGAGCUCGUCUCAUAUCUGCACUCAAAGGGGCCAUUGUUGGCAAAUCAUCUCUCGUUGUACGCAAGCAAGGUCUUCAAACCCUUGUCAGUGUUGCAUUCGUUGCGUAUGGCGUCUUAUCUGACACAGUCACUGUUCAGCAGCUCGUCUUCGAGAACGAUCAGCACACUUCUACACGGGUAGCACAUGUUGCUGCAACAACCGCUGGAGCCGGCUUCAAAACUGCUGUCCGCAGGUCGGAAGAGGCACUCGCGACACAGAAUGGCAGUAUCAGCUACAUCCAUCCAUUUCUGCUCGUUGCGCACAGUACUAGCAAUUUGAUGACUUUGUACAAGGUUCACUCGGUGCCAGGAGAACCCUUGACCUUGUCAAAAGGGCGUGACUUGGUGGGAACCGGAGCAAGCAUGUCGAGCUGUGGCGUUGGUCGACACUUGCGCAUGGCCCUCGGCCUUGGCAAAGCUGGACUACAUGUCUGGGAUAUUCAGAAUGUCUACAGUAAAGCGAUUCGUCUGUUGCCACCGGGAGAUGGUACGUUGGAAUGUGAUGCAGAGACUCAGGCGUCAGCACCGCAGAGCACAGAGGAUAUGGAGAUUGUGCACAUCUCGGAAGACCGCGUCUUGCUUAGAGAAGCAGGCAGUACCGUGACGUUCGACUUUACGGUUUGAGCGUAUGAUCUGCUACGCCUACAAGACGCCUUACUGAGCCACCAGACCGAAGACAUCAUGCAUAUCAUAUGGGCUCUUGGCUAAGGUGCUGUCGGCGUCUGUCGCAUUGCCAACUUGUCAACUGCGUUGUUAAAGAAGUCUAGAAUUCUUAUCCGA